AUGGUAUUGAAUGGUGAGAUGAAUCUUGGCAGACCUGAUCGAUCUUUAUGCGAUGAUUACAUGUUCGGUUGUAUUCGGGAUGAUGACGAAAACGCUUGUGAGGGUGUAACAGAUGAAAUUGAUGCUAUUAAUGACGAGACAUUCGGAGAUGAUGUUCAGGGCUCAAUUAACAGCGAGCUAGAAGAUUAUGCAGCUCAGACGGCCUUUCUACGGCUUGACGAUGGAGCCCCUUGGGAUGCUCCGGGCUGCUCGAAAGCUCCGGCACCUGAUGCUUCAAAUGUCCCGAUUCCCGACUUUGACAUUUUUGGGAAUUCGUCGUUUUCAACAUUCGGUAGUGAAACAAUGGCCAAGCUGGAUUCGUUGUGGAACCAACGAUCGCACAACCUUUACGAGCUUUGGGAGGAACAGAAAGGCGCUACCACUUCUCAAAAAACUGUAAACUCGACGCAACAAGCGAGCGAUAUUUCUUCGAAUAGUUUCAAUACCGCGUCGAAUGCGUAUUCCACACUGAGUCGGGUCCCACAUACGGUUGUUUCUGCUUCGAGUCCUUUCGUACAACCACGUCCUUCUGUUUUGCCGCCAAUGCCUCGGUGUUCCACGUUGGAGGAUUUGGAACGAAAACAUCUGCCAAAUGUUCAAUCUAUCACUGGCAUUUGUCCCGUUAAUAAUGUGAAAUCCACCGUUGUGAACGCUACUGAUCUGGAGCGUCGAUUUCUUGAAGAAGCAACAGCUGUGUCGCCAUCUAUUAGGACUCAAGUAUCUCACUGCAUGCCACAACAAACGUCUUUUACUUCUUUGCCUUCACCCCAAGGUCAAACUCAUCCUGGACUGGCACCCAGUAUCCCUCCUAAUUUUGGAAAUAUUCCGCCGCCUAUACCACUACCGCCAUUUCUUCCCCCAUUACAUCCUUUAAUGCUACCCCUUGUACCGAUCUGGCUUGAACAUCUCACUGGCCGAACACCAUGUCUUCCGCCGGGUUGUCCGCCUAUUCCACCUCUUCUUCGAGUCGUAUUCGAUACUGUGAAGGAUCCUGUUCUAAUUAUGGAGAUGCUUAGAGCGCCGCCUGGUGCCCCUCCUCCUCCACCCCUCCCUUUUCCGAGUCAAGGAUUCGAUCGUCGAACACCAUGGCAGAGAAAAGCGCCGGGUAUGCCAUCUGGGCGCACUAUAGAAGAUCUUGCAUUCGAUCAGUUUGCUGGCUACAUGUCCUGCAAGGAAAGGGAAUGGCUUGUAAAGAUUCAAAUACUGCAAUGUCAAGGAACAGGAGUGCCAUAUGAGGAUGACUACUACUACACAAUGUGGAGGGAGAAGCAAAUAGCACUAGGUUGGAAGCCGAAACAAAUCGGUACGGUGCAAGAAGUGGCUGCAGACAAAGGGACGAAAGACCACGAACAACGAAGACGACGUAUUAAUGGUUCUCGAUAUGACUCACCGAAGGAGCCAAAAGAAAUCGUCCCUUUGAAUGUUAAAUUUGCAGGUUCACUUGGAUUACCAUCUAAGUCGUCUACAAACAACCCAAGACAUCUCAUUAGCGUCGAACACGGUGUCGAGAAUACGGAAGAUGAUGCUGCACAACGUGCCGGAAAACAAAGGAAACUUAGGACGCUACUGCUACGACUGGAAUCUGCUCUCACUCUUCUGAUUGAAUGUCAGGAUAGGCGUAUGAAAAUGCGUACUCCUGGACGAAACAACGAAGCACUGGUAUCGGAAAUUUCUCUUCGCGUCGAUACUGUGUUCAGGGAGCUUAUGACAGAAGAUCUAGUUAAGAUUCUUCAACUUGGCAAAGGGCGUUCUGUUGUUGCACGCACUAUUACUGUUGGGUGCCCGAAAGAUGUUGUUCGCACAGUUAUGGCAUUGUUCUCGGUCAUGAGUUCGUGUCCCAAAAAGUACCUUGAAGAAAUCGACAGUGACCUUGUUCCAUCGAUAUUCGAUGGUUUGAUGACGCUGACUAGGGAACAGCUCAUGACUCUUUCUUCAACGCUGUGUGUGGACUCUAUUAAAGAAAAUCUUUUGCAGAAAAACAUGUUCUGUCGUGAUGCUUUCCUGACGCUGUUGUUCGCUUGCGCCAAACGUAAAGCGAUUUCGCAAAGCAUUGUACGUUGGUUGUGCAAUCCACCGGAAGAAAUAGACUUCGUCAAUGGAUGGUCAUCCAUGUUGUCGAGAUGGCGCGAGCUUUUACCACGCUUGAUGGACUCGGAUGUGCAGAUGUUGGCGGAUUGGUUACUUCUUCUUUGCAGUGAUGCCCACUUCAACUCACUCGCCAAAUUACUUGCGAAUUGUCUUCUUGCGUGUAAAUAA